CCCGCCACCUUUUCAUCUCGCACCUGGUUCCCUUCCCCCUUCAUCAAACACCUCGAACUCCUCCUUCUCCUCCUCCUCUCCCUCCUCUCCUCUACUCUCCUCUUCUUCUUCUCCUCCUCUUCCUCUCCAUCAAACCUGGAACACGCUUCCAUGUUCCUUCAUCUGUUCAUCUACUCCUCCGCUGCUCUCGCGGCCGAUCUCCUCCCGUCCCCUUCCUCCUCCACUAUCGUCGGCACCCUCGCCGCCUCUGCUUUCGCUCAAGAGCUUCUUCUCCUUCACUUCCACUCCAUCGAUCAUUCGGGGCUCGAGGGACACUACCAUAGCCUUAUGGAGAUUGUUGUGGCCACCUGUUUGGUGUCGACGGCGGCGACUGUGUGGUUUCCGGCGAGUUAUGUGGCAGCGGUGGUGAGGUCUGCGGCGGUGGCGCUACAGGGGAUGUGGUUUGUGUGUAUGGGAUUGGUGUUAUGGGGCCCGAAGAGGCUUUUACCGGCGGGUUGCGCGGUUAACGAAAGGGCGUUGUUGUGUGCUGAUGGGGGAGCGGCGGCGUCGGCCGCGGCGGCGGCGAAUGUGCAGUUUAGUUGGAUGGUGGCAGGGGUGGCGGCGAUUACGGCAGCCAUUUGUUUGGUGCCGGAGGGGAAGGAGGUUGAGUAUAGGAAGCUGGGAAACGUCGGGAGGAACCCUGGUGAGGGCGACGGCGGCGGUGGGGUGAAGAUUGGCCAAGCCUCUUGCUUGAUUUGUCUUGAAAAAGGAGCGGCAGACGAGAGAGGGAGAGCGAUAAAAGGCUCGUGGAAGUAAUUUAAUGGGAUAACUAUAUAUGACCGUUUGCGGCAAAUUUCAUUUUUUGCUUCAUAGGAUUGGUGGCAUGCUAAUUAAGAUCAAAUAUUAAGGAUCAGUGUUGUAAUGCACGACAGUUAAUAGACUAAAAAAAUUGACGUAAAAUCGAUAUUUAUCUUGUUUAAACAUGAACUGGAUGUAAUAUCAGCGGCGGAACUUUUUUAUAUAUUUUUUAAACGGGAACAUAUAAAAAUUGGGUA